GUGUGUAAAUUCCACGUUCCUGUUGGCAAGCCAGGACUUUACUAAAAGUGCAGCUUCUAGUUCCCUUGCUAAGAGCGAGCCGCCAUUACAAACACAGGGUAUAAUUUCCGGAUUACUGCUUUACUACAAGUAUAAGCAACCUCUCGCGAUGGCUUCUGGGAGUUGUAGUUCACCCAUGGCUGUAAGAUAGCUGAUGUACUCCUGCGUGCCCUUGCGGUAAGAUGGCGGCUCCUGCCCUGACCUGCUUCGGACAUUCCCUGGGCCGCACGUGCUGUCAUGGCGCUAGGCGCUGACCCCUGACCUGCGGAAGCAGUAGCGCGCGGCGCAUGCCAAUUGCUGCAUCAAGGAGGAGACGCAACCGGAAGAGGUGGUGCUGUUGCGCCGCAACUCUGGGAGGAUCUAAUUGACAAGCAGUGCGAGCCCCGGCGCUGUCACUCACUUGUCUAUCCUCUCCGGGAUUUCUUUUCCCCUCUCUACCCUUUCCCAAUCCCGUGCCCGCUCCCCUCCGCCGGAAUAGAGUCGUCUCCAGCACGCGUGGGGCUGGUGUGUGGGGAUAGGAUGCUUUUGUUCGUUGAGGAGGUUUCUUCCUAGCCCUUAAUCAGCAGCCUGCAUAUGUGCUAUGAUGAAACUUCGUUCUUAGAGGCUCCGGCAUGUAGGCAAGUCUGUGGAUACAUUUCUUCAGGAUGGCUGUAAUUUGCAGUGUCAGACAUAGUCACCAGAUAACCAACAAAGGUUGCAUCUAAAGGUGCUGGCUUAAAUCCAAAUGCAAAAGUAUGGCAAGAAAUUCCGCAAGGAAGCUCUGAAGUAUCUCAAACAGCCAAUGGCAUGGAUGAGUCUUGGGAUGAGGCAGCGGUAACACAGACUUGCCAAGAAGGACAUUUAGAAAAUCCGAGUGAGUCCGAUAAGCAGUUUGAAGUAAUGUAUUCCCCGUCUUGUGAAGUGAACAGAAAUGGGCUCAACUUAGAGGAAGCAACUGCAAAUGGAAUGGACUUAAUAGUCCAGGAUGAGAUUGGAUACCAAAUGUUUGAGGUUACAGGUGAUGGGGCAUCCCCAGUUCCUCAAGUUGUUAGUGGAGAAGAUUUAAAAGAAUGUUUAAAGAAACAACUUGAAUUCUGCUUCUCAAGAGAGAAUCUUUCCAAGGAUCUGUAUUUAAUGUCACAAAUGGAUAGUGAUCAGUUUGUUCCUGUUUGGACAAUUGCAAAUAUGGAGGGAAUAAAGAAGCUGACCACUGACAUGGACCUGAUACUUGAAGUAUUGAGAUCAACGCCUGUGGUGCAAGUUGAUGAAAAAGGAGAGAAAGUAAGACCGAACCACAAGCGAUGUAUUAUUAUUCUUCGAGAGAUACCAGAAACUACUCCUUUGGAGGAGGUUAAAGCACUAUUUGAUAACGAAAACUGCCCCAAAGUAAUAAGUUGUGAAUUUGCUCACAAUAACAACUGGUAUGUUACAUUCCAGUCAGAUACUGAUGCACAACAGGCAUUUAGAUAUCUAAGAGAAGAAGUGAAAACCUUUCAGGACAAGCCAAUAAUGGCUAGGAUAAAAGCCAUCAAUACAUUCUUUGCUAAGAAUGGAUAUCGCACAGUGGAUUCUAGUGUUUACUCACAGCCAGUUCAAACCCAAGCACAGUUUGCCUCGCCUUUAUUUAUGCAACCUGUAUAUAAUGCUCAUCAACAGUACUCCAUCUAUAACAUUGUGCCUCAGACAUGGUCUCCCAACCCAGCACCUUAUUUUGAAACACCACUGGCUCCAUUCCAAAAUGGGGGAUUUGUUAAUGGUUUUAAUUCAUCAGGAACUUACAAACCAAGUUCUGCUUCUUUGAGUGUAGGUCGGCCGUUCCAUAGGAACCGUGUGAAGCCUCCAUUUCGAACAUCUGCCAACCCUACUGAACGUCUGAAUGUUGGCACAACAGCGACGUCUGUAUCGCUAGUGGAUGUGUCUAUAAAUAGAACAAACUCAAGGUCCUAUACUAAUGAGAAGCACGGCACUUCAUUGGGAACCCAACAUGAUCACAGUUUUUCAUCGAAGGACUCGCUGUCCUUGCAUAUUGAACAUAAUGGUACAGAAGGAGCUGUCCGGGGCAGAAGAAAUACAUUUAGAGGCAGAAGGCGAAGAGAUGAUGAUCGUAUUUCUCGCCCAUUGAAUUCAAUGGAAGAGGUCCCACAGACACCAAAGUUUGAUUUGCUGGCAUCGAAUUUCCCCCCUUUGCCUGGAAGCUUAGUAAGCAGUCCGGGAGAACCUGUACUUGAAAGUAGAAUGGCUGAUGUUGUUAAAGGAAUUUGCAAAGAAAAGGAACAUAAAGAGCCUCCUGUGAACUUGUCAACAAAUGCUCAGGAAGAACCAGCAAAAAUCAUCCCCCAGCCUAUAACCCACACAACACAUUCUUCAACAGAUGAAUUAACGCCACCACCACAACCACCAAGUAAUACAGUUCAUCAUGAGAAAAAAAUAGAAAUAUCCUGCCAUAAAGAUGUUGCAAGCCAGACGUCUGUGGCAGUACCUGUAUGCACUUCUCCUUCUGGAAAGCCGCCUAAAGCCACUUCAGCUGCAUGUGUCUCAACUACGUUAAAUAUACCGGAGCCUCGAAAAUUAAGUUAUGCGGAAGUUUGCCAGAAACCUCCUAAAGAACAAGCUCCGUCUCCUGUCCAGCCUCUUCGCGAGCUGCGUACAAACGUUGCAUCCCCUGGCAAAAAUGAAGAGAACUGUACUCCCGAUAAGGCAGAGAAGAGUCUUGAAAAGUCUCACGAGAAACUUGAUAAAGCUAAAGAUUCCCCAGGGCACCGCAGUAACGGAACUUCCAGAGCAGGAGCAGGAAAGAUUCGGGAACAGAGACGGCAGUUUGGGCGUAGAUCUUCACCUCAGGGAGUCAUGAGACGUAAUGGCAAGGAGCAAUAUGUGCCACCAAGAUCACCAAAGUAAAAACUACUCUUGAAGUUUUACAUCUUUAAAACUGGACGUAGCAGCAGCGGAUGGACUGGAUUCAACUGUCAUUCAGCAGCUGACGAAGUAGUCAUAAUGAAAUUCCAAAAAAUAAAAAAUUAUAAUGGGCUUUGCGGAGGACAGUGGACAGCUCCAGUCAUGUUUAUAAAAAAAAAAAAAAUUAUAUAUAUAAUUUUGAUUUUGUUUUUUUAAUUAACAAAUUUAACAUUUUAAGUUGCAGAUGUUUCUGCCUGAUUAUCAAUCAAUCAAGGUUGAGAAAAAUAGAGAAGUGCGAGAGAAGAAAAUAUUUUUUUGAAAUAACAUCCGUUAAAAAAAAAAAAUUUAAAAAAAAAUUAGAAAGUUACUUUUUUAAUCAAAGGCUUUGCUAAGUAGUCUGUGUAUGCCAUUUUGGCCUUGAAAGUAUAUACCAUGGGUGUGAUGAGUGUGGUCAUUGUGAAGUAACUGUCAUGUUUCUGUCACAGAUUAUGAAACUGAUCGUACUGCUGUCACUUUCUUUACUACUGUAGGUUAAACAGUGCUUUGACAUUUCUAUCGUUUAUUCCUAAACGGCUAAAUCUAAUCUUACAGACUAUCUGAAAAAUGAUUAUAUUUGAAUUGUAGCUUACGCAAAAGCACAUGAUUCCCUAAACAGAUGAUUUGUUUUCAUUUCCUCAUUUGCCUUUUUUUUUCCCUUCUCUCUCAUGCAUCGUCUUCAUAUUUGCAGUUGCUGUUAGGGCAGUACAAAGAAAAGGCUUGUCUGUGUUUGUCUGUGUCUUAACUAAGCAAGGGCUAUCUGUAACUGACACGGGAUCUGCUGCAGGUCCUUUGUGCUCACUGGAAUGAUUGCAGAACAAAUAACAUAUUGGUGAUGUACCUGCUUCUUUUUUUUUUCUGCUAAGUACAUGCUCUGAUAUCAUUGGGCGUUGCUUCACUUAGUUUUGUAUGCUGUUCUACUACAAAGCUGUGGCCUGAACAAUAUGAUUUUUUUUUAUCUUGGGCAAACUUAAAAUGUAGCUACAAAUGUAAGCACUAUACUUGUUUCAUGGAGAAGGCACAUCUGUUUAAUAGUUUAUUACUGUUGGGAGGUUUCUCAUAUCCGUAGCACAUAAUGUUUAAGGGGAUGAUUCUCAUUGAUAUAUAGUUUUCAAACAGUACACCGCAAAUAAUAACUUUUUUAGUUUGUUUACCAUUUAUUCAAAAUCUACAAUGUAUAAACCAGUCUUUUUUUUCUGUUUCCCAAUAGCUCAGCAAGCCAAGUCUCUGAUCUUUUGUGCUCUUGAGCCGUAAUCCUAUAAUGUCUUUAAAAAAUAAAUAAAUAAAAAGUUCCCCUGGUAUUAUAAAGGUGGCCCUACAGGAACGAUAUUCAGUGCAUGUAUGGCAGGAGACAAGACGAUGAGUAUCGGCAGAAGAUUUGGAUAUAGGCCGGCCAAUAGAUUGGCCAGGUCGGUAAAUUUGGUGGUGCCUGAACAUCAGCCAGUGUUUACUGCUGAAUUGUCCGUAGGGAUUCACCGAAUCCACUAUUUGGGAUUCAGCUGAAUCCUUUGUGAAAGAUUCAGACAGAUACCGAACCUAAUUUGCUGGUAGUGCCUGAACAUCAGCCAGUAUUUACUGCUGAAUUGUCCAUUGGGAUGCACCGAAUCCACUAUUUGGGAUUCAGCCGAAUCCUUUGUGAAAGAUUCAGCCAGAUAUCGAACUGAAUCCUAAUUUGCUGGUGGUGCCUGAACAUCAGCCAGUAUUUACUGCGGAAUUGUCUGUUGGGAUGCACCAAAUCCUCUAUUUGGGAUUUGGCUGAAUCCUUUGUGAAAUAUUCAGACAGAUAUCGAACUGAAUCCUAAUUUGCAUAUGCAAAUUAUGGGCAGGAAUGGAAAAAGUGCGGGAAAAAAGCAUUUUUUUUUUUUUUUACUUCACAUGACUUUUCGUGACAAAACAAGCAUUUCCUUUCCUGACCCUAAGUUGCAUAUGCAAAUCCGUAUUCGGUUCGGCCAGGCACGAGGAGUCGGCCGAAUGCUGCUGCAAAAGGCCGAAUCCCGAACGGAAUCCUGGAUUCAGUGCAUCCCUAGAAUUUUUGAUACAGGUAGAAUUAUACUGUUUCUGCCUGUAUAUCCCACGAUUCAGCUCUAAAUGUUUAUUGAAAAUGAGCGAUGGUUGCAGGAAAUUGUAUUGAAUUGUAACGCAUAUGGAUUGGUUGGUGUUUCUCAGCCUCACGUUGACUGCCAUACUGCAGCAGCUUGUUUUUGGUCUUAAACCUUUGUUUAAAAAAAAAAAAAAAAAAGGAUCUGCUUUGAGACCAUUAGGAAA